ACAUUCCAAACGUAGAUUUGGUUGUUGGGUAAACUUAAAUAAAUUCAUUCAAAAAUAAAUAACGGAUUUUCUAUAAAUUAAAGAAAAUGUCAUUUAAGGAUCUGAGAAGUCAGUAUAAAUAUCUAUAAAUCUUGCUAUAAUAUCAAUCGGACAUGUUUGUAUUUGCUUACUGGUUAUAUUACUGUUUGUAGAUUUUACCGAAAUGAUGAGGGGACUUAGCUAUCCUCGUCUAAUUUCAAUGGAGAACUUUAGAUCCCCAAAUUUCGAGCUAGUCGCUGAAGUUCUUGAUUGGCUAGUCAAAAGAUAUGACCCGAAGGCUAACCUACCCAAUGAUAUUGAUACCGAACAGGAUAGGGUUAUAUUUAUUAAAUCUGUUGCCCAGUUUAUGGCAACAAAAGCUCAUAUAAAGAUGAACACGAAAAAAUUAUACCAAGCAGACGGUUAUGCAGUGAAAGAAUUAUUAAAAGUGACUUCAGUUCUAUAUAAUGCUAUGCGUAUGAAAGUUGACACAGAAAUUGAUACAUCAGAUGGAGAGCUUGGUUUACAAUUCGAUGUUACAGCCAGGAUAAACGACUUAAAAGAAGCUAGGAGAUUGGCUACCGAAAUAACAACGAAAGGCGCGACGCUGUAUGAUUUACUAGGAAAGGAAGUGGACCUAAGAGAACAAAGAUCGACUGUGUUAGGACAGUCUCUUGAAAUAAAUGAGGUUGAAAAAAGCUUAAAACAAUCAGUUAAGGCUGUUGAGGCGGAAAUUAAGAAAAUUAAUCAGAAUAUCGAAAAUGUUGCGUCUGAUGAGGCAAACUUAGAGGCAAGAAUUGAGAAGAAGCAAAAUGAAUUGGAGAGAAAUCAAAAGAGAUUAGCUACAUUGCAAUCGGUUCGACCGGCUUAUAUGGAUGAAUACGAGGAGUUAGAAAAAGAAUUGGAACAGCUAUACUGCGACUAUACAUUAAAAUUCCGCAAUCAAGCUUAUUUGGAACAGCUAUUAGAAGAGUAUAAUAAAACGGAACGUGAUCGUUUUGAAGAAACAGAAAGUCGUAUUCGAGAAAUGGCCGAAAAGCAACAGGCUAAAACUCAAACCGCCGACAUGCUUGCAAGCGGUUCUGAAGAUGAAGAAAGUUUAAAUAGCGGCGAUGAAGAGGAUCGUCCAUCUAACAAACCGCCAAAGGCGGGCCAGGAAAGACCUAAGCCAGGGCAUGGUCAAAGACGUCCAGACAUAACUACGCCUUUGGAAGCACCGUCGCUAACACGCGUCGGACCAAAGUUGAAUAUUGCUAAAAAAUCUAAAAAUGUUCCUGCUGGAGAGGAAUCCUUUAUGGCUUUGGCAGCAAAAGCUAAACAACAAAACCCUGCAAUUUUGCGAGCGAAAACUAGUAAAGGGGCUAAGAAGCCGGUAGUGGCUUCCGCAGUGGAAACAAAAGAUAAGGAGGAGAAAAAGAAAGUACAAGCUCCAGCCCCAAAAUCGGAUUCAAGGAUUAUAGAGAAAGAUGAAAAGGUAGAGAAUCAAAAUAAAAAAGUUAGUGCACCACCGAAUUCGAUUGAAGAAAACAAGUUACCUAAAGUAGACGAGGGAAAUAACGAUGAAGAUGAUAGUGAAGGUAGCCGAGCUAUCGGAUCCAUGGGAAUGGAUAUUGAAGAUGACGACGACGAUGAUGAGGAAUUCUCCGAUUCUGAGUUAAAUGUCGAUGAUGAUGACGAUAUUGAUGACGACGAUGACGACGAUGAUAAUAUUCCUCCAGGUGGGCCAGGUGGUCAAAAUAAGGAUUCAGAUGACGACAACUUUUAA